UCCUCCCCACGCGGGGCUGGGCGGGGCCACCCGGAAGGGGCCUGGUGUAGCCUCAGUGACACAUCUCUGCCUGGUCAGCUUGAGCAGCAGUUGGGUCAGCAGGCGACGGGAUCGGAGGCCACCCUUCCCCGGGGCUUCAGGAUGGACUUGUGCCACCCAGACCCAGCGGAGCUGAGCAGUGGGGAGACAGAGGAACUACAGCAGAUCAAAUGGCACCGGAGGCAGCUUCUGGAAGACAUCCAGAAGCUGAAGGAUGAGAUCGCAGAUGUGUUUGCCCAGAUUGAUUGCUUCGAGAUCGCAGAGGAGAGCCGGAUGGCCCAGAAAGAGAAGGAGCUAUGCAUUGGGCGUAAGAAGUUCAACAUGGACCCCAUGAAGGGCGUCCAGUAUCUCAUUGAGCACAAACUGCUGACACCCGACGUCCAGGACAUCGCGCAGUUCCUGUACAAGGGCGAGGGCCUCAACAAGACGGCCAUCGGCACGUACUUGGGGGAGAGGGAUUCCUUCAACCUGCAGGUCCUCCAGGCCUUCGUGGACUGCCAUGAGUUUGCCAACCUCAACCUCGUGCAGGCCCUCAGACAGUUCCUGUGGAGCUUCCGGCUGCCGGGCGAGGCCCAGAAGAUCGACCGGAUGAUGGAGACUUUUGCCACCCGCUACUGCCUCUGCAACCCAGGCGUCUUCCAGUCCACAGAUACCUGCUACGUCCUGUCCUUCUCCAUCAUCAUGCUCAACACCAGCCUCCACAACCCCAAUGUCCGGGACAGGCCACCCUUCGAGCGCUUUGUGUCCAUGAACCGUGGCAUCAAUGGUGGCGGUGACCUGCCUGAGGAGCAGCUGCGGAACCUCUUCGACAGCAUCAAGAGCGAGCCUUUCUCCAUCCCCGAGGAUGAUGGCAAUGACCUCACUCAUACCUUCUUCAACCCCGACCGCGAGGGCUGGCUGCUCAAACUGGGGGGCCGCGUGAAGACGUGGAAACGGCGCUGGUUCAUCCUGACGGACAACUGUCUCUACUAUUUCGAGUUCACCACUGACAAGGAGCCACGGGGAAUCAUCCCCCUUGAGAACCUCUCGGUGCAGGAGGUGGACGAUCCCAAGAAGCCAUUCUGCCUGGAGCUUUACAACCCCAGCUGCCGCGGCCAGAAGAUCAAGGCCUGCAAGACCGAUGGCGAGGGCAAGGUGGUGGAGGGCAAGCACGAGUCUUAUCGAAUCUCCGCCUCCAGCGCCGAGGAGCGCGACCAAUGGAUCAAGGCCAUACGAGCCAGCAUCACCCGCGUCCCCUUCUACGACCUGGUGUCUGCUCGGAAGAAGAAGAUUGCCAACAGGCACUGAGCUUCCUGGGAGGUGGUGCCGGGGGACCCCACGACCUGUGGUACCUAGAGACGUACCUCCCCCCCCAGGACACGCUUUCCUGGCCCACGGACAUCCCCCCC